GUCUUGUCUUGUCUUGUCUUGUCUUGUCUUGUCUUAUCUUAUCUUAUCUCAUCUACAGUAUACAUCCACUAUGGGCCGUUGAUGGAGUUCCUCAAGUCGCGAGCCAACAUGCGCGAAGUCCGCCAAGCUCCCAGGUCGGCGGGUCACGUGGUGUGGUCCUCGUCCUUCCAGACCGUGGGGAGUCUAAGAAGACACUGUGACCGCCCCAUCCCUCUUGCGGAGGAAGACUCCAGCCCCAUCUCUGGUCGAAGUACUCGUCUCAAAUCUGCCCCUCCCUCUUCCUCUUACUCCGGCUCCUCCUACUCCUCCUCCUCCUCCUCGUCUUUCUCUACUUCAUCAUCAAAGAUUUCAUUGACCUCCCCUUUUGUUCUCACUGGUUUCAAGCAAUACAACGGGAGAGGUGAGGCAGGCGAUGAAGACAGUCACUCACCGGGUGGUUUGAGGCAAACUAUCUAUAAGGGAAGCAGUUCUUCAGCUUUGACAAACGCUGAAAACUUACAGUCGGGCAAGUAUAAUGUUCUUUAUAAACACAGCGAGGCUGGAAGUAGAAGGGCUUCAUCUGAAGGCGCUGGUAGUGGUAGCCGUAGAGCCAGCCAGACUAAUGGCAGAUCUACCAAUGUUCUUGUGAGGCGUCGGUCUUCCUUCUUCAAGGAGAACGGUUCAGGCAGAAGAAGGGAAAGUGGUAGUGCCCCACACAAAACAAACCACGCCAAAUCUGGACAAGAAAUAAGGCCAAAAUCCGCUCCUGGCGAGGUCUGUGAAAAAGAUGAAAAUAACGUUUCCAGAUUACAAUUUAAAAGUUCCAAAAAAUUCUCUAAAUUUCCUACCGACAAGAACAAGUUAUACCCGCCUGUUGAAAUUCAGAUAGAAGAUUCUUCCUCCAGUGACUGUUCUGAUUUCGAUAAUAACAUAUUUCGAAACGAACUUUGUCCAAACGAAGGAAACGAGCUAGCAAACCUGACUUGGUCAAAGAAUAAGACAGAACAGCAGAACAAUACGGUACUCACAGAUAAAGGCGUCGAGAGUGGCUACAACUUUAAGACCAGCGGUGAGACAGAAGACACCAACAACAGGCCCGGCUCCAACACUGGUCGCCGGAAAUCGUGCGUGGGGGUGAACGGAGAGCGCAACAAUAGAAUAAAAUCUGGGCAGUCCUCCGAAAUGGACCAGGACGCCAUGUCUCUGUCCAGCUCGACCUUCAGGGGAAGGUCACAGAGCAUCGCCAGCGGCUCCCUCAUCCUGGACCCCACUCGUUGGAGCGGCUCGCGCAGCAGGCGGCGGAGCAGUUUUUUGCUGUCACCUCGCGUGGAGAAGAAGAAAGGCGUGACUGUCGUCAUAGACCACGCCUCUAACCGGAGGAACCUCCAGCGUCGCAUGUCUUCAGAGGCCUGGUUUCAGAAAGCGGCUAAAGUCAUCCAGGACCUACCCCCGCAUCAGGCGGACACAACAGGAGAGUACGCCGAAGACCCGGACGAAAUGGCCAAGAGAUUGUGCCGACCAACGGCUUCCUCAAGAGGUAGGAAGGGUGGAAAUAUGGCACCUAGCCUGGAGAUCCAGACAAUAGUCCGGCGACUGAGCGUGUCUGAUCCCAGAGCGGUACCAGAAGCUCAGCGAAUGAUGCCCAGAGACUGGAUGUUCUUGAACUUGGAUGGUUUUGUGGAGUUCUCAAGGCUCUCAAACCAGUUGGUUCAGACUUAUGUCGGAGACAGAGAUGUAAAUUUUGAAGGUCCCAUCCGUUGA